AUGAAUCAAAUUUGGUCUACGGGUCCCUCAAAUUUUUAUCUUAAUUCUGAAUGGAAAGAAAAUAAGAGAAAUGACAGAACAAUUGAAGACUCUUUAAGAGAACUAGAUGGGUUGAUUCAUUCUUUGGAGAGAACUCACAUAGAAGUACAGACAAACCCAAAGCCAAAGGAAAGCAUCACAGGGCCAAAUGAUACCAAUAAGAAGGAAAAUAAGGGAGAGAUUGUCGAUAAAAACUACACGCACCAAAUCAAUAAUGUUCCAUUGGCAAACUCGAACCUGAAUCGGCACCUUCCUUCCUCUAGAGCUUAUUACCAAUCUGAAAACGGCAAUAAUAACUAUUAUAAAGAAUAUGUAUCCAAACCAAGGUCUUUUCAACAGUUAACCAAAGAUCAAGCUUUCAACGAGUUCCAUAAAAGGAAAAGUUCUGCAAUUAUUCCUCCUUGGUUAAACAUUCCAGAAAACUCAAGGUUUUUUGUAAUAAAGUCCUCCUCUUUGAAACAUGUCAAAAGAUCAUUCUACAACGGAAUCUGGUCGUCCACUCACUUCGGUAACAAAAGGCUAUCUGAAGCGUAUAAAACGCUCAAUUCGGGAGCCAAAGUGUUUCUAUUUUUUUCUAUCAACACUUCAGGAAGAUUCUGCGGCGUUGCAGAAAUGGUGUCCGAUUUGAAAAUGGAUUUGGACACCAGUAUUUGGGAAGACGAACAGAAAUAUGGCAAAGCCUUUAAAGUAAGAUGGGUGAUCGUGCGUGAUGUAAAUAACAGAUCUUUAAAAAGGUUUUUAAUACCAUCCAAUGAAAUGAAACCGAUAACACAUUCUAGAGAUACUCAAGAGAUUCCAUAUUCAAUUGGAAUUUCAAUAGUUAAUUUAUUUAAAACUCAAGAUUCUGAUAUUUUCUCCUUCUUGGAUGAGACGUAUGAAUAG